AAAAAGGCAAAAGAGGUUGAAGAGGGGUAGAGCGAGGUAGCGGUAGAGAGGGAGAGAGAGACGGUGACCGCCAUGGAGGGCUCCACGGAGGAAGACCACAAAGAGAAAUUACUGUGGACCGUGAAACGAGAGGUGAAGCAGGUCAUGGAGGAGGCGGUGACCAAGAAGUUUGUCCACGAAGACAGCAGCCACAUCGUUGCUCUGUGCACCGCCAUCGAGGCCUGCCUGGGCCACCUGCUGAAGAGACGGGCGGCCGGUUUCCUCCGCAGCGACAAGAUCGCCGCCCUCUUCACCAAAGUCGGCAAAGUGUGCGACACCGCCGGCGACGUGUGCCGUAAAGUGCAGGAGCAGCUGCAGCAGCAGUCGGACCUCACCAGGAGAACCCAGAGCGCCGGCCCCGAACCUCUGAGGAGGCAGGGCUCCUCCACCACCAGCCGGCCCCCUCAGCCGCUCUCCGCCCAGGCCAUCAAACACAUCUGGGUCCGGACGGCUCUCUUCGAGAAGGUCCUGGACAAGCUGGUGCAGUACAUCGUGGACAACUCCAGUAAAUACUACGAGAGGGAGGCUCUGAUGCACGACUCCGUCUUCGGCCCCAUCUUGGCCGCCCUGCUGGUGGGGCCCUGUGCUCUGGAAUACACCAAACUCAAGACGUCGGAUCACUUCUGGACCGACCCCUCGGCCAACGAGCUCGUUCAGCGCCACCGGAUCCACGGCGCCCACCGGGGCCAGGACACCUCGGCCGGCCGGCGGCCCGCUCUCGGGAUCCGUAAGAGGCAGUCGAGCGGCAGCAUGUCGGAGGACCGCUUCGCCGCAUCGGCGAGGGAGUACGUGGAGUCUCUCCACCAGAACUCCAGGACGCACCUUCUCUACGGGAAGAACAACGUGCGGGUGCAGCCGAAGAAGGACAUGGAGGUGUUGCGGGGCUACUUGUCGCUCCACCAGGCCGGUGAUAACCUGACCCUGAAGUGGACGCCCAACCAGCUCAUCAACGGCACGCUGGGCGACUGUGACCUGGAGAAGAGUAUCUACUGGGACUACGCUCUGACUGUCCCUCUGCGCCAGAUCGUCUGUAUCCACUGUCACCAACGCCCUGAUUGUGGCGGCACACUGGUGCUGGUCAGUCAGGAUGGAAUCCAGCGGCCGCCUCUCCACUUCCCCCCCGGUGGUCACCUGCUGGCGUUCCUCUCCUGCCUGGAAACGGGCCUUUUACCGCGGGGUCAGCUGGAGCCCCCCCUCUGGUCCCAGAAAGGCAAGGGGAAAGUGUUCCCGAAACUGAGGAAGAGGAGCAGCAACGCCCGGCUCCUCGACCAGGACGGGAACGGCGAGGAGCAGACGGCCGCCGACUACGUGUUUCGCAUCGUGUACCCCGGUUACCGCCAGGACGCCAACCACGGGGAGAUGAUGGAGAUGCAGGGUUUCGGAGGCAGCCCGUCGCCGUGGCAACAGGCCGACGCGGCCGCCCAGGAGCCGCCGUGCCCGUCCUGCUCCACGGCCGGCGCCGCGUCGUUCGGCUUCCCGGCCGGCUGCACCUGCAUCCACAACACAUCGGACAUCCACACUAUUCCUCUUAAGAUGCUCUGCCAGAACAUGAAGAGGCAGAUUGUCUCCAGAGCCUUUUAUGGAUGGCUGGCCUACUGCCGUCACCUGUCCACCGUGCGGACUCACCUGUCGGCGCUGGUCAACCACAGCAUCGUGCCCCCGGACCGGCCCUGCGAGGCGUCCGGGGGCCUCAGCAAGGAGGUGUGGAGCAAGUACCAGAAAGACUGCAAGAACUACAAGGAGCUGGAGCUGCUGAGGCUGGUUUAUUACGGCGGCGUGCAGCACGACAUCAGGAAGGAGGUGUGGCCUUUCCUGCUGGGGCACUACAAGUUCGGCAUGGGCAAAAAGGACAUGAGCCAGAUUGAUGCGAAGAUCAGCGAGCGCUACCAGCAGGUGAUGCGUGAGUGGAAGGCCUGCGAGGUGAUCGUCAAGCAGAGGGAGAAGGAGAUGCAGUCGGCCAUCUUCGCCAAGCUCUCGUCGGGCAGCAGCAUCGACAGUCACGUCCUGCGACUCGUCCACAGAGACUCCACGCUCAGCAACGAGGUCUUCAUGUCUGUGGAUGAGCCGGAUGAAGGGAGCCAGGAGACCCCCGGCGGAGAGGACGGCAACCCCUCCAUGACCGCCCUUGUGCCCCCCGCUGCCCAGCCUCCGGAGGAGCGCCCCCUGGUGGAGUUCGACUCCCCCGACUCGGGUCUCCCCUCCUCCAGGAACUACUCGGUGACCUCUGCUCAUUCCCAGAUCCUGUCGAGCAUCGACGACGGUCAGAGCACGGAGGAGGAAGGCGGGGGCGGCGGGGAGGAGGGCCGGACCUCGGGGGUGCUGGGGGGUUGCAUGGGUCCUCUGACGGAGGACAGGCUGUGCAGUCAGCUGGACAAGCUGUUGACCAACGGGGCGGCCGCAGAGACCAUGUCGCCGUCGCUCUCCUCGUACACGAUCGAGCUGCUGGACACGGUCGCCCUGAACCUGCACAGGAUAGACAAAGACGUGCAGCGCUGCGACCGCAACUAUUACUACUUCACACCGGCCAACCUGGAGAAACUACGCAACAUCAUGUGCAGCUAUGUGUGGGAGCACUUAGAGAUCGGCUACGUUCAGGGGAUGUGUGAUCUGCUCGCUCCGCUCAUGGUCAUCCUGGAUGAUGAGUGCCUGGCCUACAGCUGCUUCACCCAGCUGAUGAAGAGGAUGACUCAGAACUUCCCCAAUGGCGGAGCCAUGGACACUCACUUUGCCAACAUGAGGUCACUGAUCCAGAUCCUGGACUCGGAGCUGUUUGAACUCAUGCAGCAGAACGGCGACUACACUCACUUCUACUUCUGUUACCGCUGGUUCCUGCUGGACUUCAAGAGGGAGCUUCUGUACGAGGACGUGUUCGCGGUGUGGGAGGUCAUCUGGGUCUCUUCCAGGAUCUCCUCGCAGCACUUCGUUCUCUUUCUGGCUCUGGCCCUCGUCACGGUUUACCGCGAGAUCAUCGUGGACAACAACAUGGACUUCACGGACAUUAUCAAGUUCUUCAAUGAGAUGGCCGAGCGGCACGACGUGCAGCACAUCUUGAAGGUAGCGCGUGAGCUGGUGCACAAAGUCCAGUCUCUGAUGGACAACAAGUGACUCUAGAGGAGGAGGGGGAGUCCAGCUACAGGACCCUCGUCUCUCCCUCUCAUCCCUUCAGAGAGACAAAGAGUGUUCCCGGGCCUCCACCUGGGCCCAGGGCUCCUCCCUGCCAGGUGAGGGCCCUGGGAGUCCAGGCUCCUCCCUGCCCAGGUGAGGGCCUUGGAUAGUCCAGGCUCCUCCCUGCCCAGGUGAGGGCCCUGGGAGUCCAGGCUCCUCCCUGCCCAGGUGAGGGCCCUGGGAGUCCAGGCUCCUCCCUGCCCAGGUGAGGGCCUUGGAUAGUCCAGGCUCCUCCCUGCCCAGGUGAGGGCCCUGGGAGUCCAGGCUCCUCCCUGCCCAGGUGAGGGCCUUGGAUAGUCCAGGCUCCUCCCUGCCCAGGUGAGGGCCCUGGGAGUCGAUCUGUUUACAUUUUACCUUCACGUGGAAUGCCCAUGGUGUCUGUACAGACAUGUGGAUUUGUCUGCAUGCUCGUGAGUUUGAUCACACUAUCAACACAUCCUUGAGCCCCUCCUCCCACCCCCCAGUCCUUCAGAGCUUGGGUACGCAUGGAAACACACACACACACACACCUUUCCUGACUCUGAACCUGUUCAACGCGCGUCCAGAAAGGCCUCUCAGUUCUAGACUCCUCCGUGUAAUACCAGCGGAGGCCACAAGGGGAACAGGAUGUACACGCGGCGCUGUCAGAGGAGCAGAAGACUAAAGCCACGAAGAAGUUUUCAUUAGUGACCAAAUGGACUGUGCCAACUACCUACUUUUUCCUCGUGAGUGUUUUUCUACAACAAGCAUGUGUGUGUUUUUACCCUCCGCCCCUCUACUUCCUGUUUUUAAGUUUUUUGUCCAAGAGAGUUCAUCAUCACACAAAUGUUGCCUUCUAUCAGUGACAGCCCCGAGGUACUCGGCUGCACUUUCUCCGUGAGGAUUUCCCUUCACGGCGCCCGUGAAAAGGCCUCGCCUGGAGGGCCGGAGGCGCCGCGAGA